GUUACAUACUUGCACGAUGAGGUGUUAAUAAGAAGUUGUUCAGCUGCGGAGGAGCAAGAAAACUGGUACCUCACUGAGUUGGAAAGACACUGUCUUAAAGAUACAGUAAGAGGAGCAAUUUCAUCUGUGGGGAAGUGUAAUCUUUUACUUCUCGCUCUUAAUAUUUUCCAUUUGAAUGAAAAACGCCAUUUUGCAGGAAAAAACACAAGGAUUAAGAGGUCAUUUUGAAGAGCAGGAUGGCAGAUAAGUUAUUCCGAGCUGUCAUUUUGGGCCCCCCCGGCUCUGGGAAGGGGACCAUCUCUCAAAGGAUAGCUCAAUGCUUCGGCCUGCAGCAUCUGUCCAGCGGGGAUUUCUUACGAGAAAACAUCACAGCAAACACAGAGGCGGGAGCAUUGGCAAAGCGAUACAUAGAAAAAGGUCUUUUGGUGCCAGAUCAUGUUAUAACACAUUUAAUGUUAACCAGACUGGAGAAAAUAACAAGACACAGCUGGCUUCUGGAUGGUUUUCCACGCACACUCGUGCAGGCAGAAGCUCUGAACAGCACCUGCAAUGUCGAUGUCGUGAUCAGCCUGAACAUUCCCUUUGAGACCCUAAAAGAAAGGCUGAGCACACGAUGGGUCCACCCCUCUAGUGGAAGAAUGUACAACAUGGAGUUCAACCCGCCACACAUACACGGCAUUGAUGACGUCAGUGGAGAGCCCCUAGUCCAGCAUGAAGAUGAUAAACCAGAUGUCGUUGCUGCACGGCUGAGAGAGUACAAGGGCAUUGCAAAACCAGUCAUAGAUCUAUACAAGAAGGAAGGUGUUCUACACUCCGUUUCAGGGACAGAAACCAACAAGAUCUGGCCCUAUAUUUAUUCACUGCUGUGCACCAAGAUCCCUCCAGUGGACCCAGAAGAGUCACAGCACUCCUCUGUGCAGCCAAUGGGGAGCAGAUACAGAUAACGACAGGACAGUAUGUUAAAGGAAGUCUCCUACGACACCCAUAUCAUAGACAAAUCCAACAUCUGUCUUGUAGAUAAACACAGUACUGUUACUAUCAUUGUUUGUUAAAUCGUCCUCUUUAAGCGUGUAGUUGAAAUGGACCUGCUCCAGCCUUGUUUCCUGAUAAAAUGGCAUUUAAAAGAAACCAGUAUUUUAUGCAAUUGUGUAUUGCUGUGGAAUCUUAUAUUCCUCUUGCAUUACCUUUAGAAAAACUUACAUACAUACAUACAUACAUACAUACAUACAUACAUACAUACGUACAUACAUACGUACAUUCAUGCAUGCAUACACACACUAGCUUUCUAAGAAAUAAGAUGUUUUGCAGAAGUUCUUGUUGAAAUAACAAACAAAUGGUGAAAAUGACAUAUCUGCAUUUUAUUCUUUAACGAGACUUGCCAACAGUGCAGAUGCACCUGCUAUAGCUCAGCACGCAGGUACAGUGGAUAGACCAGUUCACCCUUCAGGGGAUGGCGUUACUGCAUUGUAAUGUGUUAGCUUCAUUUUCUCAAAAUCACUUGCUAGAUUUUCAUAGACCAAGCUGCUAGUCAGCUGAUCCUAGGUUGUCCACUGACCUGUUUGGUUCUUUGUAGCCACUUUGUAGGAUUCCUUCUAUGAAUAUUCUAACCGAAUGUGAAGUGCUGAGUCACUGAGCAGCCGUUAAUGUGGCAUGGUGUUACUAACAAUCUCACGUGUUUCAGACACCCUGCAAAGUUUCUAAGAUACUCGUUACAUUACCUUUGCUGUCUCCAGAGUUGUCCGUAUUGCAGCUUUAUAUUAUUUAAUACACAUCAUGAUCAUCAACUGGGCAAUACAUUUCUCAACGUUUAGUCUGGAUUGCAGUGUUUCAUAUCACUCUCCCGCCUGCAACAAUGCCUGUUUCCUCUUCCCACAAUACACUACUCAUUGAUAUCAGAGCACCGGCUUUGUUGCAGGAGGGAGCAUGAACUGGAUACACCGCAAUGUUUAGAAGUAAAACAAACCUCUUUCUCCCGGCGACCGUUUCUAAGUAAAAGUUUAAAAAAUUCCCCAGUUUAAGUUCUGUACAGAAAACAUCAAGUUUCUUAACACUGCAGCGGUUCUGGAAUUCUUUAAGGGGAUAUUGAUAACCAAAGUCUAGAAACAAGAUGCUGGAUGGGUGUCACUGUUCACAUCAGCAAUGGUUGCUUCUUCUAGAGGCAGCUUGUCAUUUUCAUUGCUUUGUUUGACAGUGCCUCGACUCCAUAACACAAAAUAUAAUAUGCACAGUAUGGGAGUAAGGUAUAUGUCGGCCUUAUUCACAUAGCUUUAACACAUUUAAUUAUUUGAAGACUGUUUAAAAGGAUUAAAUACAGUCUUGUACUUAGUCCUAACACACCUAGUCUACAGUAAAUUGUACUUGAGGUACAGUUGAAAGAAGUAAAUGUUUUUCAUGCAAUAUUUUUUUUUGAUAGCCAAAGAAAAACAGUAUAUGUCUUUAUAAAUGUGCUGAAGGAUUGUAUAACAAAUGUCGGUUUGUUUAAAUGUUUUAAUUAACCAGUAGAACAAACUUAUUAGUUUGACAUGAUGGCUUUAAUUUUUCAUAGCCAUGUGUGAAUAGGGGUCCAGUUUUAUUUAAUUUUUGUGUAUAUAUUUUAGAAUCAGUCUUUAUUUUGCAGAUGUGUAAUUUAGAAGCCCAGCACGAUAGUUCAUACUGCUCAUUGGAAACAGACAAAAUGUAAACGAUUUGUAAGCAUUCAAGAAAGCAGGUCGUGUGUCAUUAUUCCUACAAAAAAUUUGAUUUUCUGUGUGUAACAGCAUAUCUCCUUGAUCUGUAAUUGUUAGAUUAAAAUAAAACAUUGCAUACUGUGUCAC